AUGAAGGGAAGCUCCACUUUCCUUCUUGCCUCCAGCACGCUGCUGAGCGCUGCAAGUGGUCUACAACUCCACAAGCGCGACAACCCAGCCGUUGUGCCCGUCGACUUCGAGAGACAAAUCAGAGAUGCCUCUGAAUCUCUUAAGAGGCGAGCAGACGACAAGACUACCGAGAUGAAGGUUGACAAGCACGGCUUGACCUGGCUCUACUGGGCUAACUUCACCAUCGGCACGCCACCCCAACGGCUCUACUCUGAGAUCGACACUGGCAGUGCUGACCUCCUUGUCCUAACGGACGAGAUUGAAGCUUGCACGGGUAAGGAAGCCCAAUGUACCGGAAAUGUCUUUAGCACCGGAAAGUCAAGGACCUUUGACUGGCUUGACAGUGAGUCUCAAGCUUCCGGAAGCUUUGGAAGUGGCGAGACUUGGUCUGGAUAUUACGGCACCGAUACUUUCACUCUUGGUGACGCGACAAUUGAUAACUUUCAAUUUAUUGCAACAACCGAAUUCAAAGCAACUGGUUCAGGAAUCUUCAGUAUCUUUGGCAUUGGUCUUGCUGGCCUUGAGCUUGCUGAGAAGAAAUACGCCAAUCUUCCGUAUGCUCUUGCUGAAGCUGGUGAGAUCAACACCCCCGCCUACAGUCUUUGGCUCGACAGCGACCAAAAGGGUCAAUUCCUCUUUGGUGGUGUCAACAAGGCCAAGUACAAGGGUCCUCUCGUUUCGUUCCCCAUCCCCAAGAACAACCAGAACGGCAAGACAGACAGGCUCCUGGUCGUCAUGGAAGGCUUCGGUGUAAGCAGCAAUGGGAAGUACUCCGGAAUGGACUUCACGCCUCGCCCCGUUCUUUUAGACUCUGGAAGUGUCAGAAGUCAACUGAAUGCAGAGAUGCUCAUGCACAUAGUCGAGACGUUUGACGACAUUGGAUUUGUCGCGACUCCUAGUGGCGGACAGGUACCCUGCAAUGUCAGCGAGAAGUAUACUGUGGACUUUACAUUCGGAGAGCUCACCUUUAAAAUCCCUCUCAAGGAUUUCAUCAUAAGACCUACUCAAGACUACGGUCUGGACGGUGUACCUUAUUGCUCGCUCAACUUCAAUCCUGAUGCCACCCUGCUUCUCCUGGGCGACGACUUCCUUCGGGCAACCUACCUUGUGUACGACUAUGAGACCAUGGAGAUUUCCAUGGCCCAAUACAACCCCGACGGAGGCAAGGAUGACAUUCAUGAGAUCGUUAAGAAUGUACCUGGUGCUGAGAAGCUCAAGGAUGUGCCGAUGAAGUUCGACGUCUGGGAUGGAACUGCAUUUGGUGACCCGACCACGGCUCCUACAUAUGUUACAGCGGCUACUAUGACUCUUCUCAACGGAGGGACUGCUACAGAGGCUACAGUGACCGGCGACCCCAGGGAGACUAAUGCGGGUCUUAAGGUGGCUAAGCCAACAGAGACUGGGGAAUCCAAGGAUAAGAAGGAUGAUGAGGAUAACGCGGCGACAAGAAGUUUGCCUGGAAGUGCCAUGGCUGUUGUUGUUAUGGGAGUCAUCGCUCGAGCAAUGUUUAUGUGGUAG